AAGCUAGCGAGGUUUCUACUCUAAUAUCUGGAAUACUUGCUAGGCCAUUAUUGUUCUAGGUUUACUUAGCUUUGGUGCUCGGCUUAUGACCGUCCACCGACACCGCGGAUCCUCAUAAUAUGGCCACGGAAGACAGUAUCAAAAGGGGCUCUGCACGCAUCUCAGAGAGAGUCAGUGAUCGUGGAGCAUUGCUGCAGACCUACGCGUCCGACCCGAAGUACAAGAAGUACGCGCAGCAAGUGGAGAAAUGCCUCAGUUCGUUCGACAGUGUUCAUGAAUGGGCGGAUUUCAUAGCUUUCUUGAAGCAGUUACUGAAGACGCUGCAAGCGUACAUGCAGUUCAAGGAAAUCCCUCGGAAGAUCAUUGUCGCUAAACGACUCUCCCAAUGUCUUAACCCCGCAUUACCCAGCGGAGUCCAUUCGAGGGCCUUGGAUGUCUACUCACACAUUAUCUCGGUCGUCGGGUCUGAAGGCCUCAAGCGUGACCUACCAUUGUGGGCAUCUGGCCUGUUCCCCUUCUUUGAAUAUGCAGCUACAUCGGUGAAGCCCACGCUAUUGAACAUAUACGACAUGUAUUUCCUACCAUUACAAGCCGGUCUUAGGCCGGUGAUGAAGUCUUUUAUCUUGGCGCUGUUGCCUGGGCUAGAGGAAGAGACGGGCGAGUUCUUUGACAAGGUCCUCGGUCUCCUAGAUCGCUUGUCUGGGACAGUCUCUCCUUCGUUCUUCCUCCAAAAUAUAUGGCUCGUCAUGCUCACAAUGCCUUCCGCUCGAGGAACGUCACUGAACUUCCUGUCCCGUCGAUUGCCUCGCCUCAACGGUGAUGAGGACAUCACUUCCAUAGUUGGACGAGAUACUGGCCUCAUGAUCCGUGCUUUCGCUGCAGCUCUCGAAGACGACAAUCUUUUGGUUCGCCGCGGAGCACUUGAUCUUCUACUCCAAUCCCUUCGAAUCGAUAAUGCGGCCGUGCAGAAAGCCUCGCCUGAAGACCGCGCCAUUCUUAUGCGUGCAGCGACGAGUGUAGUUAUGCGACGAGACCUCUCGCUCAACCGUCGACUGUAUACCUGGCUGCUAGGAGCGGAUGAAAAUUCCGAGCAACAAGUGGCGUAUCUACGUGCUAAUGCACUCGAGCUGCUCCGGUCGACUCUCAGGGACGAGAUGUUCUCACCCUCUGCCGAAUAUUCCGAAUCACGACCGUUCAAGAUCUUUAUCUCUCUUCUAGAUAAAUGGGAAGUCGGCGGGCCUCUGACGGAGGUUCUGAUUUUCGACACGUUCAAGGCCCUCAAGAAGUGCAUCGAGUCAAGUGUAAAUAACGGAGAAGAUCUCGUGAUGACCGCUAGUACACUAUAUGAGGCCGUUGAACCGAGGAUAGUGUGGCGGAAGCUCUUUGAACCCUUGGUUUCAGAAGUUACCGGCGACGGCACUCAUCAUGAGGCUAUUGACCUUGUGAAGUUUAUCCUCACGAAAUUCCAUGUUCGUGAUGAAGAGAUCCAGACAGUCCACCUACCGAUUGUAUUCGCCGCAGUUAUGAACAUUGUCCAGUCUCAAAUGAUAGACCAAGGUUCCAAGUCUUCCCUGGCCUCGAUCUCGGAAGCACUCCAGCUCGAAGAGAUCAUCCUCCAGCAAAUUCCAGCACCGGCGCUCCUCGACCUACCCGAUACAGCGGACCCAAAAUUGACGUCGGGAAACCUUAGUCCUUACGGCUUAGCCUGCUCAUUUUAUGACGUGCCCACGUCGUUGCCCGACUCUGGGUCUCAUGGCUCGCCAUUCGUCACAGUAUUCUCCGACCUGGCGAAGUUCAGUGUCCACUGCGCACUAGCACUUUCCUCUCCAACACCGCACGUCUCGUACCUUCAUGGGUUGUUGCUGCAAUGUCUCGUCCUCCUAAACAAGCUUGUCGAAGGGUUGAGCGGCGAUGACCGAACGAAGAUCCAGGUCGAUUGGAGUCCGACAGUUUGGCUGUCUACGAUGCUAACGAUGCUCGACGAAAAGGGCAGGACGUUCACCCUCGUCAAUCGAAUCGUCACUCUAGUGAUUUCUCUCCAGGGGGCCCAUCAGAUCGAGCCGUGCGUGAGCGUCCAAGAUCGGUCUGUCGCAUUCAAGAUCGUCCAAACGCUCUUCUCGUACCUUCGACCUGAGUAUACUGUAUAUCACGUCCGAGCUAUGCAUCUGAUCUGGGACCUAGAACACGUUCUGAAGCGCCCGCAUAUCGAGUCCGUCAUCGCGCAGAGUUUGACCUCCCCCGAAUCUCGGAAUGUUCAGGAGCGUUACGAGGCGUUUGGAGUCUUCUGGAGGUUGACAGAGGACGAACAGCUUCCGGGCUUCCGAUUUAGGAUACCGAUGAUGAUGGUUCUCGACACUCUUAAGAACGACGACCCCAAUCUGCGGCGCAUUGGCGAGACUUGGAUGCGAUGUAGUCUGAAGUCCUACCUUCGAAUACUAGACCCUAUACUGUACGACCUCUUGGACCCAACCAUGCGGCGAGUACCAUCAGUGACCAAUCUCGAUGGAAAAGAGAUCCUUGAUUUCUCCUACGAACGGCCAUUUGAUCAGUCCUACGUCAACUAUCUACUGGAAACACUGCUUUCGGUUGUGCGCUUUGGCGGUCAAGGCUUCAGCAAGACAAUACGCUCCAACGAAAUACGCCGGUCUCCUCAUCCGGGCAUGCUCGAACGACUCGAAGCUUCCGGUAUUGCUCAGGUGGAUGCGACGUACCAGGAUGUCCUUGUGGACCUUUUGACAAGAUUUUUGCAGUCCGAAUGCAAACAUAAAAGGGUCGAGACCAUGAUACCCUUCAACAUCGUCAUCCAAUCAACUGCCAUUGAACUACUCCAGACUGUCAUCGCUCGCGGAGAUAUUGACUCUCUGGCACUCGAGGGGGUGGAGGCGGCUGUCAUCGGAAAGCUCUACCUCUGCGUGCACAAGGAACGUCUAGAGCUGCAAAACAAGCUUCUCCACCUUCUUCACUCCAUCAUCUCGACCACCACCACGUACGAUCCGCGUCAAAACUCCACAUCAAGACCUUCUAUCAGCGACGGUCUUCCAGAACGCCCUAUGUCUCGAGAUGGCUCACAAGAAUCAGGCGCACCUAAUUAUGCAAUAAACCCUUUACUCGUCCAGACGCUACUCGACGGGAUUGGCACACCCUCAAAUCGCUCUGUCCUGCAACAUUGGCUAGACUUCAUCAUGAUGACCAUCCCGUUAUUCCGGAACCACGUACAAACACUCCUUCCUUUCUUGAGCGAUUGCGUCGGUCGACAGUUGCAGCAUGGCCUAGCAGACAUUCGGAAGGCCUCUUCACAGUAUUUGCUGGAUCGUGACUUGCACGCAUCAACCACUGAUGCAGAGCUCGUGAUGCUGCUGAACGCUUUGGAACGUCUCAUCCUUCUGAGCUUGUCAUCGCCUUACACUGGUCCUGGAGAAGACGAUGGCAUUACCGCAGAGAAACCUAUUGGCGCGGAGAGCAGCGGCUUGUUUGGAAUUAUGAAUGUGUUCAGCAGUGAAGUUGUCCAGCAGCCUGCAGCGGAGGAACAGCUGACGGCACGCUCACCGGGAUAUCGUUCACUACACGAAGGUGUUCGGGUUCUCUUCAAUGUUUGGGCAUCGAUGGCAUGGUCGGAGCCGGAGACGUGGUCGGCGCGGGACGAAUCGUUGUCGUUGAUACACACCAAGACCCGUGCACGAUGUCGACGAGUGUUUGAGCACCUGUUUCGCGUCCAGUCUGCAGAAGUCCUCGAGCUCAUCAUCGAGUGUUGGAGUCGUGAGCAUUCAGAGUCUUCCCCUCAAGCUGCUGCUGCGUUCGAGCUGGUGGACACUCUUACCUCUAGCGCCCAGAAUGUAGUACAUAUGGUGUGCGAGAGCAUCUCUUGCCGCCUCCCCAGUCUCUCGGACAAGGGUCGACGUCAGGUCGUCAACCCAAAUAUUACCGACGGCACCUUAUUCUCUUUCAUGGAACAGUAUAUGAGACAACUGGAAGGCCCGCUGGUGAUCCAGGUCUGGGGUAGGUUCCUUCAACUGGCCAAAGAAGUCCUCAACAACACCAGGGAUUUCAAGGGACAGGUCUUCCCAGUCCUCAGGUGCAUCACAGUCCUUGCGGAUAAGAUGACGCAAACCACUGCCAUGGAGGAUCGUCGAAUACGGAAGGAUUUGCAGGACACGUACAGCAAACUACUUGAUCUCGUGGUAGUGUCUGUUGGUCGUGGUUCGGAAGCUAGUUCUUGGAUCCGUCGAGCGACGAAAGACAGCCUGGUCGUCAAUGGUCGGGACUCGCCCCUACCACGCGUAGUCUCGGAAGGCAGGCUGGACGAGAAGUUGGCGGCGAGCAACGCGUCUCUCCAAGACCUUCAGGCGUCAAAACAGUCUUCAUUAAAUGAUCAGGCCGAGCAGGUCACCCUCUUUGUCCUCCAGAACGUUCUUCCCAACUUGCGGCGGUUCCUCAUGGAUAAUGACAAGGUUACAGUCGCAUGCACGAACAUCGUAUACUACAUCGUCAAUCCCUCGCUGAAAGCCAAAUCAAGGCCUCUAGACAUGGAUGACAUCACAUUUGGCAUUCUUCGAGAGCUGAGCAGCAUUCCCCCAGCCUUGAAGGCAUGGCGAGCCAUCGUGGCGGAGAUCUUGAACGACAAUCGAUUCUUUAACAGCCUACCAGAGGCAGGAGAACAGUUCAGGCCUAUCACGAAGGCCUUUAUCGACGCGGACAAGACCGCCUUCCCUGAGCUUCUUGGCAAAGUAACCACCGCACCAUCGACAAAUAUCUUCACAAACCGAGAAUACGAGAAUCUCUUGCGAUCGUUGAAUCUUCGCCGCCUUUCCUAUGUCUUAGCUUGCGGCGAGAAAAACCAGUUCCUAACCUCACUCCCUACGAUCCAAGAGAAGCUUGUCGAAGUGUUGAAGAACGUCACUGCACCGGUGGUCCAAGCAGAAGUUUAUCUGUGCGUUCGAGUGCUGUUGUGCCGAUUGUCGCCACACAACUUGGUCAGCUUCUGGCCCGUGAUCUUGACCGAGAUGUACCGAUUAUUGGAUUCGGUGAUGUCCAACCUUCCUGCGGAUGGCUCGGAAGACCUUCCUCUCAUACUCUCUGCUUGUAAAUGUCUGGAUCUUCUGCUUGUCUUGCAGACGGAGGAAUUCCAAGUGCACCAAUGGAUUUUCAUCACCGACACCGUCGACGCUGUGUAUCGACCAGACGAUAUCCUGCCCGAAGCUAUCUUCGACCAACUGGCUGAGAUCGCAGGACGACUGCCCGUGUCGCAGAGCAACCAAUCACCAAGCGGAGCUUCACUCCGUUUCCCUCCAGUCGCCACCCCUUCAGCCCCAGACCAUCGGCCAAUGCGACGUCCGAUACUAAACGGCCUUCGACAGAUCGACUCAAUACGAGAUCUUGUGCCUUUCUUCUCGAGUGUUAGUAUUGCGAGCUAUGAGAGCGUGUAUGCGAGUGGAGGGAAUAUCGCGUGGGAUGAGGUCGAGCAGGGGAUCGCGAUGGAUAUGUUUGAAGGACGAUGAUCGUGAAGAUGGUUGACAUCUUUGUGUGUGUUUGUGGUCUCUGCGUGCAUGUUGACUUCAUCAUCGUUUUCCGUGCGGACUCUUUUCGACUCCCACUUAUACCGAUUUGG